AUGAUCAACGAAAGAUGUCUGAUUUAUAGCCCUGCUUAUCCAUCUCCUAGCGGUGGGGGCUGUAGUCCAUUGUGUAUUGAAACAGAUCGAGUUAAAAACUCGACCUAUGCCGCAGUGUUUUACAGAAAAAAUCACCAGUGGCCGGAGGAACUUGUGGCGAACAUGGAAAAGGCCGCUUCAAUUUUGAAACAGUUUGGCCAACCAAAAUCUUUAGACACGGAGAGAGGACUUCAUCUCACGUUCGACUACUAUUGCUGCUACACGGAAGAAGAAGCAGCAAAAAUUGGGCAGUUUUUGAACGGUUACUCUUGGAAACCGCACGAGGUAUGGUUUGAUAAAAUAGAAUGUGCUAUCCACGGCUACAAUGAUGCAGUUUCUAUUGUGUUGAUGGUUGACCAAAAAUCACAAGAGGAUUUGACGCGAUGGGCGCUAAAGAACGAGCGAGAUCUCGAAAUCUCAACUGGUGUACACAAACGUAUUCCUCACACAAGGUUGCAAAAUUUUCAUAUGACUCUUGGAACAUUAAAUCAAAGCAAUUUUCCUGUGCAGUCGGCAGUUGAAGAAAUCAAUAGAGUCAUUCCACCGGGAAAGUGGCACAAAACUCCUGUUAUUCUUCGCAGCCCGGUUUGCAAAAGAUGUAAAAAAGCCAUAGAUGCUGUUUCAAUUAAGAACUAGCAAAUUCGGAUGCAAAGUAGCAAAGUUUUACAUUUUGGCCUCUCUAUGGUCUCUUCCGGCAGAACAAGACUUAGUCGCGCCGAGCGUUGAGAGCAAGAAGCUGCUCAGAAAUGUAGUGCUUUCUCUGUACGUUCAUUUCAAUAGUUUAUCUCGAGCAGAAAUUUAUUUUCCUUUUUUUUCAAUGGUUUAUUUAUAACGAAACGCAUUUGUAUUAAAGCUUUCAUGCAAAUCAUUUGGCAUGCAUGAUUUGCAUGGGUCGAUCAACACAAAAAUGAUCGAUCGCGUGACUAUUCAUCGAAACAAAAACAUCACGCUAUGUACAUGGUGUACAGUAGAUGCAAAUAUCAAUCAUAGGGAGUCUGCAGCGCGUAUAGUGGUAUUAUCAUGUUGUGUGAUCGACUAAAUCAACGAAACGGCACGCUUUUACUACUCUUAGUCAUUUCCCUUGUCUUUUUUGGGUUUGUUAAAUGGCCCUUGUUGUUUGGAGUAUCCCUUAAAGACGAAAAAUGUCGCGUGUAUAGCCCUGCUUAUCCAAACCUCGGCAGAGCCGGAUGUCGACCAAGAUGUAUUAAAAAGGAAGGAAAGAAAACCUCAACUUACGUAGCAGCGUUUUACAAAGAUAAUCACCGAUGGCCAAAAGAGCUUGUGACCAACAUGCAACUUGCCGCAUCAGUUUUGAAAAAAUAUGGUGAACCACGGACUUUAAACACGGAAAAAGGACGUGAACUCCAUCUCUCGUUUGAUUACUACUGCUGUUACACGGAAGAAAAAGGAAAAAAGAUUGAGAGAUUUUUGAACACUUAUUCUUGGAGACCUCACGAAGUAUGGUUCGAUAAAAUAGAAUGUGCUAUCCACGGUUACAAUGAUGCAGUUUCUUUGGUGCUUAUGGUGGACAAAAAAUCUCAAGAGGAUUUAACUCGAUGGGCACUGAAAAACGAGCGAGAUCUCGAAAUUAGAACUGGAGUGCACAAACAUAUUCCACACACACGUCUGCAAAACUUUCACAUGACCCUUGGAACUGUAAAUCAAAGCUACUUUCCAGUGACAUCAGCAGUUGAAGAAAUCAACAGAGUUAUUCCACCAGGAAAAUGGCACAAAAACGCUGUUAUUCUUCGCCGACCGAUUUGCAGAAAAGUGGUCUGA